AUGUCUAGAUUUCAGAAAGUUAGUGACCUGUUUAAGGGUAAAAAAAGAGAGUGUGAUAAGAGUUUAGUUAGACAGUCUUUUAGCCCUUUUGAAGCUGAGAAGACAAGAAACAAUGUAUGCUUCAGGAAGGAUAAUUUUCAGGAAGUUGAAGUGGUGGAAGGAACAAGAAGAGAGUGGUUAGAGUGUGUUGAGGUGGAAGCUACAAAUUCUUCUUUUUCAAAGGCUCCUGCUAAACCUGCUAACUACCAUGUGGAGAAAUUUUUCAAGGAAGUUGGAUAUGUGUCUCUACAUUGCUCGAAUCUCUUCCUUGGGAAAGUUGGGGAUAUGAGAAGUGGAAUCAAAGAAAGGGGUAGUCUUGCAAGAAUGGAAGAUUCAUGGGAAUGGGCAGAGGAUCAGAAAGCAACAACACUCUUAGCUAUUAGAUGGAUUUAG